GAGCCGCCGCCAGCGCCGCGAGUGCCGCCCUGUCCGCGCCGCGCCUCCGGGACAGGGUCGCCGUCGGGAAGCCUCAGUACCGGGUUGCCCUGAUUCAGCAUGAUGGACUUGGAGCUGCCGCCGUCGGGACUACAGUCCCAGCAGGACAUGGAUUUGAUUGACAUUCUUUGGAGGCAAGAUAUAGAUCUUGGGGUAAGUCGAGAUGUGUUUGACGUCAGUCAGCGGCAAAAGGAGUAUGAGCUGGAAAAACAGAAACAACUUGAAAAAGAAAGACAAGAACAACUCCAAAAGGAGCAAGAGAAAGCCUUUUUCGCUCAGUUACAACUAGAUGAAGAGACUGGCGAAAUCCUCCCAAUUCAGCCAGCCCAACACAUCCAGUCAGAAAUCAGUGGAUCUGCCAACUACUCCCAGGUUGCCCACAUUCCCAAACCAGAUGCUCUGUGCUUUGAUGACUGCAUGCAGCUUUUGGCAGAGACAUUCCCGUUUGUAGAUGACAAUGAGGUUUCUUCAGCUACAUUUCAGUCACUUGUUCCUGAUACUCACAGCCACAUUGAGAGCCCUGUCUUCAUUGCACCUAACCAGGCUCAAUCAGCUGAAACAUCUUAUGCUCAGGUAGCCAGUGUUGAUUUAAACAAUAUGGAACAGAACGUUGAACAAAUUUGGGAGGAACUAUUAUCCAUUCCAGAAUUACAGUGCCUUAAUAUUGAGAAUGACAAGUUGGUUGAGACUACCGCAGUUUCAAGCCCAGACGUCAAAAUGACAGAAAUUGACCAUAAUUAUCAUUUCUACCCAUCGGUUCCCUCGCUGGAAAAAGAAGAUAACUGUAGUCCACAUUUUCUUAAUGCUUUUGAGGAUUCCUUCAGCAGCAUCCUCUCCACAGAUGACCCCAACCAGCUGCGAGGGAACUCCUUAAAUUCAGAUGCCACAUUAAGCUCAGAUUUCGGUGAUGAAUUUUAUGCUGCUUUCAUAGCUGAAUCCAGCAGCAGCACCAGCAUGUCCACCUCUGCUACCAUCAGUCAGUCACUCUCUGAACUUUUAAAUGGGCCCAUUGAUGUUUCUGAUCUGUCAGUUUGUAAAGCUUUUAACCAGAACCCCCCUAAAAGCACGGUAGAAUUCAAUGAUUCAGACUCUGGCAUUUCACUCAACACGAGUCCCAGCAUGGCAUCACCAGAACACUCAGUGGAAUCUUCCUUCUAUGAAGACACACCACUUGGCUUCAGUGAUUCUGAAAUGGAAGAACUGGACAGUACCCAUGGACAUGUCAAACAGAAUGGGUCUAAAACACAGCCGGUGCAUUCUUCUGGGGAUACAGUGCAGCCCCUGUCACCAUCUGGGGGCCACAGUGCACCAGUGCAUGAUGCCCAAUGUGAAAACACACCAAAGAAAGAAACGGCUGCAAGUCCUGGUCACAGAAAAACCCCAUUCACAAAAGACAAACAUUCAAGCCGCUUAGAAGCCCAUCUCACGAGAGAUGAACUGAGGGCAAAAGCUCUCCAUAUCCCAUUCCCUGUAGAGAAAAUCAUUAACCUCCCUGUUGAUGACUUCAAUGAAAUGAUGUCCAAGGAACAAUUCAAUGAAGCACAACUUGCAUUAAUCCGAGAUAUACGUAGGAGAGGUAAGAAUAAAGUAGCCGCUCAGAAUUGUAGGAAAAGAAAACUGGAAAAUAUAGUAGAACUGAAGCAAGAUUUAGACCACUUAAAAGAUGAAAAAGAAAAAUUGCUCAAAGAAAAAGGAGAAAAUGACAAAAGCCUCCAUCUGCUGAAGAAACAGCUCAGCACCUUGUAUCUCGAAGUUUUCAGCAUGUUACGGGAUGAAGACGGAAAGCCCUACUCACCUAGUGAAUACUCCUUGCAGCAAACAAGGGAUGGCAAUGUAUUCCUUGUUCCCAAAACUAAGAAGCCAGAUGUUAAAAACUAGAUUUGGUAUUAUUUGGCCUUUUCUGAGUUAGUGUUUCUUUUUUGUACUGUUAUACUAAAAGCUCCUACUAUGAUGUGAAAUGCAGAAAAUACUUUAUAAGUAAUUCUAUGCAAAAUUAUAGCCAAAAACUAUUAUAGAAAAUGAGACUUUUUAAAGCAUUAAAAUAUCAAUGUUGAAUCAAUAGUUUAACCAUAAUUUUUUAGGACACCAUUUGGGUUAGUUUCUGUGUAAGUGUAAAUACUACAAAACUUAUUUAUACUGUUAUCUCAUUUGUUACUUCAUAAAUUUAUACGAUGAUAAUAUGACAUCUGGCUUAGCAAAUUUCUGCAAAACUAACCACUGUGUACUUUUUUUAUAAAUACUGUAUGAACAAAAAAUGGCAUUUUUAUAUGAAAUUAUUCAGUUGUGGCAAAAAAAUUUAGAGGUGGUACUAAUAAAAGAAUGUUAUGUCUGUUAAA